AUGGCGUUAGCUUCACUCAUUGCUCUGUUUGCAGUAAUCGUUACGGUUUUCUCUCUCAUCGGAGCCUCUCUCGCCGCCGAGGCUCCUGCGCCUGCCCCUGAUUCAUCCGCCGGAGAUAUCUCGCCGUCUUUCGCCGUCGGAUGCGCCGUUGCCUUCAUUAAUUUUCUCUUUGGAUCUGCACUCAAGAUCUGA